UCGAGACGCUGCGCCGCACCUUCGGGGUGCUGCUGCGGGAGGGCGCGGGCCCGGGCGCCCCGAGGCCCUGCCUCGACUGGGAGCUGCUCGUGAUGCUGCGCUCCGCCUGCGUGGGCGUGCACGGCAUCGGGUACCUGGACUCGACGAAGCUGUGCGACCUCUACGCCCAGGCCGCGGGGCAGCUGCGCUCCUUCGCGCACAGGGCCGCAGCGGCGCGCUCGCAGGGCACCGCGGAGGGCCGCGUGGACACCCGGCUGACGGCCGCCGUGUGCUCCGCGGAGGGCCUGUUCCAGACGCUGUGCCGCAAGGGCAUGGCGCCCGCCAGGCAGGAGAAGGCCCGCUGGGGGAGCGCCGACGAGCCCUGGCUGACCUCCCACGGCGGGGCGGGUGCGCUGGUGGCUGCGCUGGCGGCCGGCGGUGGGCGGGUCGGCGCUGCCGCAGCGCUCGUCCGCCCCAGGAGCGCCGGGGCCCCCGCGCAGCCGGUGGUGACCGUGGACGACUAGAGGGCCUCGUGGGCGCGGGGGCGCGCAGGGGGCGCGGCGGGCGCACGCCGCCCGGCCGCUCGAGGCUUCGUCGUCCUGGC